UACUUUAGUCAGUGGUACUUCAGUCAGUAGUACUUCAGUACUUUAGUCAGUGGUACUUCAGUCAGUGGUACUUCAGUCAGUGGUACUUCAGUACUUUAGUAAGUGGUACUUCAGUACUUCAGUCAGUGGUACUUUAGUCAGUAGUACUUCAGUACUUCAGUCAGUGGUACUUCAGUCAGUAGUACUUCAGUACUUCAGUGCUCGCGGUACUCAGUCAUGGCUAAAUGGGGACAGGGAGAUCCUCGAUGGAUCGUUGAGCAAAGAGCCGACGCCACCAACGUCAACAACUGGCACUGGACAGAGCGUGAUGUCAGCGGCUGGUCCUCGGAGCGCCUCCGUCAGCUGCUGCUGGCGGUGCGGGUGGAGGGACCUGAGGGCGUCGCCCAGCUGACCGACAUCAACAAACUGGAGGGCGAGGCGUCCAUCAACAACCGCAAGGGAAAACUCUUCUUCUUCUACGAGUGGCAGCUGAGGGCCAGCUGGCUGGGGACGUCCAGUGCCGGAUUGAAGUACCGAGGAACACUUGACGUGUCCAACCUGUCAGACGAGAACGACAUGGACGACCUUGACAUCUCGGUGUCUCUGAGUAAAGACCAGCCCGACACACCCCUCCUCAACCUCAUGAGGAAGAGUGGCGUUCAGGAAGUCCGGAGGGUUCUGGGCGAGUACGUCCUUCAGCUCAAGUCAGAGUUCAGUCAGGGGAUGAUUCUUCCCACCGCCGACCAGCCGAAGCCGCCUCAACCUCAGCCUCAGCCUCAGACCCCGAAACAGAUGAUUCACAUCCAGACCAGUAAACCGCCGAAAAGCUCCGUCACCAAGUGCUCAUCUAGCCCUGCCCCCUGCCUUGAAGGUGUUCGAAUCUCAACCUGCAACUUUGACCUGAAGGAAACUUUCCAAACGUCUCCUGAUGAGCUGUACCGGACCUUCAUUGGCCAGGAGUUUGUGCAGGUGUUCACGCGCUCGGCGGCGACAGUGGACGGUAGGCGUGGAGGGAGGUUCCAGAUGUUGGACGGGAGUGUCAGUGGAGAGUUUACACAGCUGGUACCGGACCGGAGGAUCGAGAUGAGGUGGCGGUUCAGGACCUGGCCCAGCGAGCACUACGCCACCAUCAGUCUGGAGUUGGAGGACAGAGGAGAUGAGACAGAGCUGAGGAUGGAGUGUCGAGGAGUCCCUGCGGGGGAGGAGGAGUCCACCAGGGAGGGCUGGAGGCGGUUCUACUUCCACGCCAUCAAACAGACGUUUGGAUACUGAGAGAAUCUGAGACACUGAACCCUCAAGCUUGUCUGACAGGCAGACUGAGUCAUGAUGUGUCAGCAUGAGGUAAACCUGUUGACAGGAACAGUCCCACACUUCAGUCCUGGUCUAUCCUGUGGAUUCCUUCAGGGAGUCCCUCAGGGAGGAUUCCUGGAACCUCUCGUCUCUGUUAAACCUCAGCAGAAUUAAAGGAACAGUCCCACACUUUAGUCCUGUUCUCUGUCUUACAUCAGUCUCAUCUCUGUGGAUGCAGACAGACGUGCAGGAUGUGGUUAGCCUAGCUUAGCAUAAAGACCUGAGGAAGAGGAAACUCUUUGACUCUUCAUCCAAAGUUAAACAAAAAACCAACUCAACAAUUGUCUUAAGUGUUGGACUGUUCCUUUAAAAUCUGAUCUGUUGUAUGUGACAGAAUCACUGUGUGAAUAAAGUUUGGAUUGUGUUUGUCUUCCUGUCGUCAGGACCAAUCACAGUCUGGAUUAUUAACAUCAGAGUGGCAAAAAUAAAAUGUGAUUUAUGUAGAAAACAAGUUCGACAGUGGAGGAGGAAAAAUAUGAAAAUAAAACAUCAGCAGAAUUCAA